UUCACCAAUCAAAACACAGCUCAGGUUUUUAAACGUGCAAAGCGGUCUAUUUUGCGUCCAUGUAGCGAAGAGGUUCACACCCUUUGAUACAUCCAAGAGUCACUCACUAGCUAGUCGUUUUCAGUUUAUUAUCAUUUAUCGAAGAUGUAUUAGUUUGCCAGUGUUUGUAUGAUUGGUGUGUGACUAUUAAAAAGGAAGAUGACAGAAGAGUCGGCAGUUAAAGUGUGUGUUCGAGUCCGCCCGCUUAUUGAAAGGGAGGAAAAGGCUGCAUCAGAAAAUGCAGAGCCUGUCCAGCUGUUUUGGAAAACGGAUAAGAAAUCAAUUUAUCAGAUUGAUAAUGGGAAUUCAACCAAGAGCUUUGGUUUUGACCGAGUGUUCACUUCAGAUGAAACAACCAAUCAGCUGUACCAGGAAAUUGCAAAGCCUCUAGUCGUUUCAUCUGUUGAGGGAUACAAUGGAACCAUAUUUGCUUACGGUCAGACUUCUUCUGGAAAGACAUUUACCAUGAUGGGGAGUUCCCGUAGUCCCGGAGUGAUACCUCUGGCAGUGGAGGAAGUCUUCCAAAGCAUUAAAAAGUUUCCAAAUAAGGAGUUCCUUCUUAGGGUUUCUUACAUGGAGAUCUACAAUGAAACGGUUAGCGAUCUUCUCGUCGACAGCAGUAAGAGAAAACCCCUGGAAGUCAGAGAGACAAUCAGUAAAAACAUCUUUGUGUCCGACUUGACUGAGGAAAUGGUAACUUCUUCUGCGCAAGCCCUGGCAUGGAUUCGGAAAGGAGAAAAGAACCGUCACUAUGAAAAGACGAGUAUGAACCAGCGGAGUAGCCGCUCACACGCCAUCUUCCGAAUGAUUCUGGAAAGCCGAGAAAGGAGCGACCCAGCAUCAGGUGAAAAUGCUGAAGGAGCCAUCCUUGUGUCUAAUUUGAAUUUAGUGGAUCUAGCUGGAUCUGAGAGAGCAAGUCAAACAGGGGCUGAAGGCGCACGUUUCAAAGAAGGUUGCAAUAUUAACCGCAGCCUGUUCGUUCUCGGCCAGGUGAUCAAGAAACUGACUGAUGAAAGCCAGAAGGGGUUCACCAACUACAGAGACAGUAAGCUAACCCGCAUCCUGCAGAACUCAUUGGGUGGGAACGCUAAAACAGUCAUCAUCUGCACCAUCACUCCUGCGACUCUAGACGAGACCCUCAGCACUCUCCAGUUUGCCAGCACUGCAAAGAAAAUGAAAAACGACCCUUACGUGACGGAGGUGUCUGAUGACGGCGCUCUGCUCAAACGGUAUCGCAAUGAAAUUGUAGACCUCAAGCGACGACUUCACGAGGUUUCUUCAGGCACACAGACUACAGCGACGGAGAAGAAGGUUCUCUCCCAGAUGCUCCAAGAAAAGGAUCAGCUCCAGAGAGAACAAGAGGACCGGAUCAGAAACCUGACCAAACUGCUGGUCACAAGCUCAAACCUGGUCCCUGCUCAAAAGAUGCCAAAACGCAGGGUAACGUGGGGAGGAAAGAUGAUCAGACUUGGCCGUCCAUCUGCAUGUGAUGGUGGCUCAUCUGAUCUGAGUUUUGCUGAGUCUUUCAAUCGCAAGAGGAAGGCAGACCGCUCCUGUCUGACUGAGAUUGGUGAAGAUGAUGAUGACUUUCAAUGGGAGAUUCCUGAUGAGCCUUCCUAUGACAUGGAGAUCAGUGAGAAUUCUGUGUCUGUUCGAAGGUCUGAUGAAAGUUGUUAUGACAGUCCCAAAGACUUUGUGUCUCCAGACCGUAUGCGUGAGCUUUCAGGGAAAGUGUCUGCCCUGGAGCUGCAGCUGGAAAUGGAGAGUCAACAGAAAGAGGAUGCCUUGACAAAGGUAGAAUCCUUACAAAACAGAUUGGCAGAGCUGGAGCUGCAUCUGCAAACAGAGGCCCUGCAGAAGCAGGAGGCCCUGGAGAAAAUGCAGACUAAAGAAAAGAAUGUGGCUGAACUGGAGCUGCAGAUACAGUUGCAAACCGAGGCCCUGCAGAAACAGGAUGCCCUGGAGAAAAUACAGACAUCGGAUCAGAGGGUUGCCGAACUGGAGUUGCAGCUGCAGCUACAGACGGAGGUCCUGGAGAAUUCCCAGACAUCAGAUGAGAGGCUGGUCCAACUGGAGCUGCAGCUGCAGACAGAGGCCCAGCAGAAACUGGAGGCCAUGGAAAAGGUGGAAAUGUUGGACUUAAGAGUGGCAGACCUGGAGAAGCAGCUAGAAGAACAGAGCCACACUCUGAAUAACACUGACCUGAAACAGAUGAGAAAAGACUUUGCAGAAACACUCCAGCUGUGUGAAGCUCUGUCUACAGAGAAGGACUUGAUUGUUGCCGAGCGAGACUAUCUAAAACAAGAGAUCAGCAUGUUCAUAGAGCAGACUCAAAGUCUGGAGAAAGAGAAUGCUGCUCUGACACAGGAGAUGACGACGAAGAGAGACUUGGACGAAUUCAAAUCUCUGGAGGAGGAGUUCAGGAAAGAGCAUGAGAAUGAGUUGCAAAAUGAAGUAUCUCAGUUGAAGAAGACCGUCGAAUCCUCUAAACUGCAAUGCCUGGAGCUUCAGAACAAACUAGAAACUUUGUCUGAGGAGCUGAAGAAGAAAACAGAAUUUGCAGAAGAACUUCAGAGUAUGAGCGGUAAGGACUUGGUGCAGGAGGUGGCAAAGCUUCGUCGCUCUUUGGAUGACGCCGAGGUUCUCAGCAGAGAUACAAAGAAGGAAUGGGCUAUGCUCCGCAGUCAAAACAUCGCUACAGAGGAGAUGAAUAUGACUCUCAAUUCCAACUAUGACAAGAUGGAGGCUGAGGUGAAAAGCCUGCGCUUUCAACUUGAGACGGAGAAGUCGCACUACAGAAAGAUGCAGAGCGAUCUCCAAAAAGAGCUGAAUGUGGCAUUUGCUGAGAACACCAAGCUCACCACUCUGCUAGAUGGAAAUGUCCCAAAAAAUCUUAUAGACAGCAUUGAACUUGAGAGAACAGUGGCAAACCUGAAUGGAGAGCUGACCGCAUCUCAGGAAGCUGAGGGAGCCCUCAGAGCUCAGCUGGAGGAGCUAGCUUCAUUGCAGCCUCUUCCAGAUAAGGUGGAGAAUUUGACAAAGCAGCUGAAUCAGCUGACGGAAGAGCUCCAGUGUGUGAGAGCUGAGAAAGAUGCUCUCCUGUCUGAGAAGGAUGCUGGUGCUCAGAGUUCUGCAGAGGAGAUGGAAAAGCUGCUCUCUGCAGUUACUUUGCUCACUGCAGAGAGAGACCAGCUCAUGAGGGACCAUCAAAAUGUGGAGAUGGCUGAAGAGACACAAGUUCUUCUACAUUCUCUCCAAGAAGAACUCCAAGAGCAGAGGCAGAAAAACUCCGAUCUGGUGAAGCUCUGUGAGCAGAAGGAGGCUGAUUUAGGGAAACAUAUGCUGAGUCUGUCACAGGACCUUCAGAGUGUGCGAGCUGAGAAAGACGCUCUCCUGUCUGAGCAGGAUGCUUGUGCUCAGCGCUCUGGUGAGGAGAUGGAGAAGCUGCUGUCUACACUUGCAUCUCUCACUGCAGAGAGAGACCAGCUCCAGAUGGACAUGCAGGAAAAUGUGGAGAUAAUGAUUGAGAAUCAGGAGGAACUGAGGGCAGCCAUGGAGAAGAAUCGUCAACAGAAGGAGAGGAUCAAACAGCUUGAGACUGUCGUAACAUCCAAACAGGAUGAUCCUCCCAAUGAAAUUAGUGCACAGAUAGACGAGCUGCAAACACGUAUGCUGGAGAACCAGGAGGAGCUGAGGGUGUCUCAGGAGAAGAUCGGACAGCUACAAGAUGAGAUCAGCGUGCUGACGAGUCAAAAAGCAGAGCUGGAGGGCAGACAAAGCAACGGGAGUGAUGCAGAGAUUACCCUUCAAAAUCAGAUUCGGAGGCUGACUGAGGAGCUUGAGAGUGUGCGGACAGAGAGAGACAGUCUGCUGUCUGAGAGGUCGGCAGACACUCACAGUGAAGACAUGGAGAAGCUUCUGUGCAGAGUGACAUCUCUCAGUGAAGAAAAUGAUCAGUUGCAGGAGAUACUGGAGGGGGUGAGACAGGAGAAGAAUCAUCUCAGGGCAGAGAUGGAGGACAGGAUGGAAACGGUGCAAACUGAGAUGAUGGAGAACCAGGAGGAGCUCAGGGUGUCUCAGGAGAAGAUCAGAGUUCUACAAGAUGAGAUCAGCGUGCUGACGAGUCAAAAGACAGAGCUGGAGGGCAGACAAAGCAACGGGGGUGAUGCAGAGAUUACCCUUCAGUUGCAAGAGCUCCAAAAUCAGAUUCAGAUGCUGGCUGAGGAACUUGACAGUGUGCGAGCAGAGCGAGACAGUCUGCUGUCUGAGAGGUUGGCCGACACUCGCAGUGAAGACAUGGAGACGCUUCUGAGCAGAGUGACAUCUCUCAGUGAGGAGAGAGAUCAGCUGCAGGAGAUACUGGAGGGGGUGAGACAGGAGAAGAAUCAGCUCAGGGCAGAGCUGGAGGACAGGAUGGAAAUGGUUGUACAAGCCCAAAGUGGGUUUAACCAGCCAGAAAUACUGACCUCAGAACUGCAACCACAUGAUGAGAAAACGACCCGCCUUCAGCAAGAGAUGAUGGAGAACCAGGAGGAGCUCAGGGUGUCUCAGGAGAAGAUCAGAGUUCUACAAGAUGAGAUCAGCGUGCUGACGAGUCAAAAGACAGAGGUGGAGUGCAGACAAAGCAACGGGAGUGAUGCAGAGAUUACCCUUCAGUUGCAAGAGCUCCAAAAUCAGAUUCAGAGGCUGACUGAGGAGCUUGAGACUGCGCGAGCAGAGAGAGACAGUCUGCUGUCUGAGAGGUCGGCAGACACUCACAGUGAAGACAUGGAGAAGCUUCUGUGCAGAGUGACAUCUCUCAGUGAAGAAAAUGAUCAGUUGCAGGAGAUACUGGAAGGGAUGAGACAGGAGAAGAAUCAGCUCAGGGCAGAGCUGGAGGACAGGAUGGAAACAAUGCAAACUGAGAUAGCGCAGCUGAAAAUGUCUCUACAAUCUGUGACUGAGCAGAAGAGACAGCUGGAAAAUGAUCUACAGCAGAAUAUGAAUAUGGCUUCCACAACACAAGAACUUCUGACGUCAGUCCAAGAGGAGCUGUGUGCCCAGAAGCAGAUAAACUCUGAUCUGGAGAAACUAUGUCAGGAGAAGGAAUGCUCUCUAGAUCAACAGAUGAGGACUUUGACUGAGAAACUGGAGAGCAUUGAAGCAGAGAGAGACAGUCUGUUCUCUGAGAAGGAGGCCAACCGUCAGACCUCCACAGAGGAGACGGAGAAGCUGCUGUGUAGAGUGAAAUCUCUCAGCGAGGAGAGAGAUCAGCUGCAGGAGAGACUGGAGGGGAUGAGACAGGAGAAUGAUCAGCUCAGAGCAGAGCUGGAGGACAGGAUGGGAACAAUGCAGACUGAGAUGAGGACUCUAACUGAGAAACUGGAGAGCAUUGAAGCAGAGAGAGACGGUCUGUUCUCUGAGAAAGAGGGCAACUGUCAGACCUUCACAAAGGAGACGGAGAUGCUGCUGAGCAGAGUGAAAUCUCUCAGCGAGGAGAGAGAUCAGCUGCAGGAGAUACUGGAGGGACUGAGACAGGAGAAUAAUCAGCUCAGAGCAGAGCUGGAGGACAGGAUGGAGAUGAUUUCAGCCAUCCAGGAGAAGUUGAGCGAGCAGGAACAUUUGAACUCGCAGCAGCAGGCUGAGAGAGGUGAACGAGAGACCAACCUGCAACAAAGAGUGCAGCAGCUCGAGGAGCAGCUUGAAAUACUCAGGGAGAGACAAAAUCAUGCGGUUGUUGAGGCCAACACCUCCCAGCAGUUGCUCAGUGAAGCAAAUUCAACCAUCUCCGCACUCAAAGAGCAGUUGAGCAGUUUGGUUCAGAGCACCAGUGGAGUCAAGGAGACGGUGACAUCACGACUGCAGGACUCUACUGAGCAGCUUCAGGAGUCCUUCAGAAAACUCCAGCACUUUAUAGACACUUGUUCCAAGUCUAACUUCACAGAUCUGGACGAAAUACUGUCUGCCGUGAAGCGGUCUUAUCUGACCUUGCUACCGAAACCCACCGAGGAAGCCUGCAGCGCUCUGUGCCAGCUGUUGCAGCAGACAGCGCGGUGUGGGAAAAACAUUAGGACCCAAGCGCUGGGUUACAGGAACCUGUUUGAGGAGUUGGUGAAGAAAGAUUUGGCUGUGUUUGAGGAGAGGCGUCUGCAGGAUGUGCUGCUGUGUAGAGCACAGGCUCCCUGCUACUCCAUCAAAGAUGAGGACUUCCACACACUGUGGGACCACAGACUGACUGAGCUGCUGGACAAGAGGCAGCUCUACCUGCAGAAAAUGACCAGCCUUUUGGAAAAGCUCUGGGCCAACAUGACCAUUUACCCCAGUGAGCCGUCAGCUGAGAUCAGAGACGGCAAGAGGUUCAAGGAGCAGAUGCAGGCCGUGCUUACUAACCAGCCAAUCAACUUCAGCAGGAUGGACAGCAUCCUGAGAUGUGAGCUGGACCACUUAUCUGCAGUGGCACACAACUGGAGAUUGACUCUGCAGGACAUCAUCGAUGAACAGAAUGGUCUGUAUGAAGAGCUGAAGCUGCUGAUGGAUCAGGCUGAUUCUCAACUCGGAGAGGAGAGAAGUAAGACCUCCACUCUGCUUCAGGCGCUGGAGGGAGCACCUCUGAAAACAGAGCUCUCCCUGCUGAAGGACAACCAGCAACUUGUGCUUCAGCUCCAGCAAACUGAAGAGAAAGUCAAAGCUCUGCGUGUACAAACUGAGCAGCUGGCGGAUGCUCAGAUCAAAGCCAGCAGCAGGGUGUCCAACCAUAAGCAGGCUACCCAGCUGCUGCAGACUGAGCUGCAGGACUGCCGUGCAGAAGUUGAGGAGAAAGACAAGGCGAUCCAAACUCUCAGGAGCAAACUGCGAGAGUCUGAGAAAAAUGCGUCACCCAGUGCUGUUGAGCUGGAAAAGCUCCGGACUAAACUGUUCAAAAUGGAGGUGGCGUUGAGUUCAGCAUCUGAUGAACACAAAAAAGAGAUCCAGAUGAUGACAACACUGUUAAAGGAAAAGGAAGAGUCACUGAGGAAGCUCAAAGAGACCUUAAGAAGAUCACAGCAGCAAGGAGAGGAGUCAAUCCUGCAGGGUGAAGACCUUUAUGCCAGACUGACCAACCCCAGAGGUGUGGUGGUCAAGACCAGCAUUCUGCAGGAGAAGACUAAACUGGAGGAGGAAGUCAAAAUGCUUACCAUCAAAAUAACUGAGCUUGAAAGCCUGGUGUCCAGUCAGCAGACUGAAAUCACUAAGUGGAAGGGCAGAGCCAUCACGCUGAAGGUGAAGAGCAAGGGGGAGGUGGACAAGCCUUCAUUACCCUGCACGCCCAGCAAAAGAGGCCUUCCCAUGACCUCAGACCCUUCCAGCACCCUAAGCUCACCCGCCAAGUUUCUGGUUACUUCUAGGAGGGUCCUGGACUCUCCCAGGAAACCGCUGGACUCUCCAAAUGUGCUUGAAUCCCCCAAAAGCAGGUUCUUUGAUACUGCUGGAGCCUCUGAUGUGCUGUCCAGAACCCGUCCCAAGCAGUUCUUUGACAACUCCAGCCUUGGAACCGUUCCAGACAUUUUCAAUGUUCCUGACUCACCAGAUGAGAAGACUGGUGUGAGUUCAGACUGCAAGGAGGAUUUGUGGCCUAGAUCUCCAAGUGGGAAAGAAGAAAUGUGUAAAACACAGUAAAA